GCAUGAGGAAGGACUGUAAAACUUUUGAAGAAGAAAGAAGCAGCUCAGGGAGUCUUGGAGUAAGCUCCAGCCCGGGUGGGCAUACACGACUCUGGACCCCCUGAAAAUUCUCUCUUCGGUUGUAAACACUGUCUUGGCCGGACCCUGGCAGUGCCAAACGGCUCUGUGUCACAUGAGAGGCCUGACUCCAGUCACGGAGAGCCUGCAGGCUAUUCUUAGAAGGAGGAAUGUACACAGUGGCCUCAUGGCAGACUCUACUGUGCCUAACUGUAAAACCUAGUCAUUUCUCUGCGCCAUGCAGCUCCUCAAACUUCUUACCGGAUUCAACUUUUUCACUUUUCUUCUUUCAUUUCUGCUCUGACCUGGUUGGAAAAUCGCAGUGGACGUCACAGACUCUCAUACACCAGAGGAUGGCUGUCACACCACAGAAAGUUUUCUCCUUCAAAGACUCUGAACUUCCCUGCUACCUUCUGGGCCAGCUCAACACCCUCCGGCAGGAGCGCAUCCUGACGGACGUCCUGCUCUGCAGCGAGCACCAGGAGAUCCCCUGCCACAGGAGCGUCCUGGUGUCCAGCAGUCCGUACUUCCGCGCCAUGUUCUGCAGCAACUUCCUGGAGAGCAGCCAGGCCCGCGUGAAUCUGAAGGGGAUCUCCUCAAACGUGCUCUCUGGAAUUGUGCACUACGUUUACACGGGCUGCAUCGCCAUCACCAUGGAGAUAGUGCUCCCGCUCAUGCAGGCGGCCUCCAUGCUUCACUACGGGAAUCUCUUCGAGGCCUGCUCCAUGUUCCUGCAGGAGCAGCUGAGCCCGGAGAAUUGUCUCAGCAUGAUUCGGCUGUCAGAGAUCCUUCACUGCGAAAGUCUGAAGGAAAGGGCAAAGGAGAUGGCGGUGAGGUGCUUCUCCGACGUAGCCGCCUCUGAGGACUUCUGUGAGCUGUCUCUUCCAGAGCUCAUGUGUUACCUGGAAGAUGACCGCCUCUGUGCGGAAGAGGAACAAGUGUUCGAGACGCUGCUGGCGUGGAUCCACCACGACCCCUUCUCCCGGCGCGGUGCCAUCCACGACCUCUUCAAGAAGGUCCGUCUGCGCUACAUCCACCCCACCUACCUCUUCCAGUUUAUUGCCAACGACCCUUUGGUGCAGUCGUCCACCCUCUGCACUGAGAUCAUCGAGUCAGUUCGCCGCCUGAUGCUCACAGCCAGCGCCAAGUGCAGCCGUGAGCUGAAGCCGCUGUGGACCACGCCGAGGCGCUACACCUGCAGAGAAACUCUGGUGGUCGUCGGGGGGCGCAAAAACAACGAGCAGACCUCCAGGGAAGCCUUACUGUACGACGAGAGGACUCAUCGGUGGGAGUGGUUGGCCAAGCUCCCCCUGCGUCUUUACAAAGCCGCGUACGUCUGCAUCCACAGCAUCCUCUACGUUCUCGGGGGCCUCAGCCUCUGCAUGGGCUCGGGCGACAGCUCAGUCAGCGCCACAGUCUACACACUGUCCCUCAAAACCAACCAGUGGAGGACCGCCGAGCCCAUGCUGGAGCCAAGAUACGCCCACCAAAGCGUGUCCUACCUGCACUUCAUUUUUGUGCUGGGGGGCAUCGGGGUGAAUAAGCGCAUCUCUCCAUCAGUGGAGAGGUAUAACAGUAUGUUUAAUAACUGGGAGACCAUGGCACCGAUGCCCACGGCAGCGCUCCAUCCAGCCGUUGCAGCCAGUGAUCAGAGGAUCUAUGUUUUUGGGGGGGAGGACGCCAUGCAGAACCCAGUCAGGCUCAUUCAGGUAGAAAAGGCCUCGUUGGGGAGGCAAACAGAAAAAGAUCUGGUCAAACAUCAGGUUUGGGGAAUAAGAAGCUCUGCUGCUUCUCUGAUCGUGCUGACGGUUGAUGUUUGUGUUGGAAUACAGGUGUAUCACAUCUCUCGCAACUUGUGGUCCAAGCUGGAGACGAGAACAGUGAAAAAUGUUUGUGCUCCUGCUGCUGUCAUUGAGGAGAAGAUCUACAUAGUAGGAGGCUACACCAAGCGAAUGAUCGCCUACGACACCAAAGCAAACAAGUUUGUCAAGUGUGAGAAUCUGAGAGAGCGCCGAAUGCACCACAGUGCCACUGUGAUCAACAACAAGCUCUACGUCACCGGCGGACGCAUCCUCAACGGCCACGACACCAUCGAGGACUCGGACUGCUUCGAGUGUUACGACCCCAAAACGGACAGCUGGACCUCAAAAGGCUCUCUGCCGUACAAGCUGUUCGACCACGGCUCCCUGCCGCUCGUAUGUGUCUCCAACAAGCCCAACCCACCGUGAGCCGCCAUCCCGUGUGCCGCCGAAGGUGAAGGUUUCAUCCCAUCUCUUUUUGCCAUGAUUUACUGGCCGGCUUGGUCAAUGGGAAACCAGCUCCGACUGACAGCAUUCCUUCACGCGGCUCAGUUUCUGCCACAGCCAGAAGGCAUGUGAGGCAUGAGAGUAAAGUCUGAGCAGAUAAACUUUGGAAGGCACCGGCGCUGGAAGUGGGAGAACGCGAAACGCAGACGUGUAGGCUGCAGAACCGGAAACUCUCUUAAGAGGAAGUUAACUAGAAACGUUAACAUCUUCAUUUCCCAGAUAGUAGUUUUGUGUGGCAGCUGCAGUUUACUUUUUAUGCACCAGUUAGAAAGAAAAGAAACUGUGCACAUUCAAAAAGUUGAUUUUUAUUAGUGAAAAUGGUUGAAAAUACAUUCCUAUUUAACCUACAUGAACUUAUCAGAAAGUAUUUAUUGAGGAAAGCUGUCAAAGAAGAAACUUCCAUGUAUUUGGCAGCACCAUUCCACUUUUAGGGAUUUUUUUCUGCUAAAUCUGUAUUUUUCUUGCUGUAGAUUUCAAUAAAGUUAGCAAACAAA